CUCUUCCAUAUAAUGGAUUCUUCAAUGCAAACAGAAACAAUUUUCACGUGUCUGGACGCAUCUUAUUGGCCAACGAGUCCUUCUGUACUCCCCAUCUGCUCUCCUACAUGUGGCUGUUGCACACCAGAUUCAGAUGGGAUGAAGGUCAGGUGCUCUCACACUUCUUACUUAUUAUAUACAAUGAAUCUUAGCAGUGUGCCUUGCAGAAAUCCAUUUGAACUGUGUGAACAAAAUCAUGCAAAUAUAAUGAUGGCAUAAACGGAGUCAAAUAAUAAAUAAGGCUCAUUGGGAUUGUAAAUGCAAAGCCAAUUAAAUGUAGUUUAUUUGCUCUGAAAUGUUUUGAUUAAGCCCUUCAUGGCGUUUCAUUUGGCUGCACCUUGGUCACAGGCAACACAGCUGGCUAAUGAUGGUGUUAUUUGAUUGAAUAGACGGCCUCCAGAUGGUCAGUAGUCAACAGGUGAAUUAGUCAUGUGUGAUUCUGUGAAAGGUUAUUGUAAGGGACAGCCAACCUCACGGCUUUUGUUUCUUGCUGCAUACCAGCUGUGUCAUUGAUAUCCUUUCCUUUACUGAACUAUUUUUUUUGCUGAAGGAUUCAACUGAGAUUAUCAUGGCACAAAAGGAUCAUGCAGACAUCCACCAAGGUCAGACACAAAUACCAACGUGUGUGUGUCUGUAUGGUUUAUGGGGACUCUCCAUAGGCGUAAUGGUUUUCAUACUGUAUGUGCUAUUGCCCUACACCAACCCUACCCCUUACAGGAAACUUUGUGCAUCUUUAGAUUUUCAAAAAAACCAAAACACCAUUUAGUAUGUUUUUUUUAAGCCUUUUGAAUUACGGGGACAUAGGCAGUGUCCUCAUAAACCACCUUCAAAUUGUAAUACCUCUUGUCAUACCCAUGUCAUUAAACAAAUUUGUGUCCCCGUAAACCACACACAAGCACACACACACACACACACACACAGAGCAGUCUCAGACUCUCAGCCCAUCCCUCAGAGAAUCCAUGACAAUAAGAGGGGUGUGUCUGACUCUGCUUUUUGGGCUCCUCGGUUUCAAAUGAGUCAGAGUACACAGAGUCGUCCAUAGAGAACCUCUGACACUCACAGAUAAGGAUUAUGCAAGACUCAGUCAGAGGAACAGUAAAACAUUUGGUUUCACUGAAGCUUGGGCUUAUUUAGCGUGGACUGACUUUGUGAAAGAUAACAGGAUUUGCUUUGAGGGUUGGAUGGAGCCAAAGAUAGACAUCAGACAAGAUGGCAGAGAUGAGGGGAAACGAAGCAGUCGGACAUCAUCCUUGCCUAGCCUAUGGCACAACAGAAAAGACUGGGGCAAAAUAAGGUCCUUGCAUCCAUCACUCAGUUUGACUUCUUCCUCAAUACCUGUUCUUCCUGCUGCUCAUGUCACUCAGCUCAGUAAGUCAGCACCAAUGCUAAUGGACCCUCUUCUUGAUGCAAGUGUGCUGCUGCAAGCACGGACUAACAUUCAUAAUAGACUUGGAGGUGUUCAGACAGGGGAUGACGAUAGUAGACGAAAGACCCUACCCACUCUAUGUUCAAAGUCACCUAAACAUCUUGCUCCACUGGACAGUAUAUACAGGAAUGGCUCUGCACGUUCAAGUCUUGAGCACCCACUGCCCUUAAAACAAAGUAGCAUCUUGCCCAUCUCAUCACAGUCCAGGAGAAGACUGGAAAGGAUCUCCAGGUCGUCUUCCAGAAGAUCCAGAGGCACCAGAGCAGGCAGUGAAGAGAGCAACUCCUGCAGCAGUAGUAGCCAAGAAGAGGAUGAGACGGUGCCUCAAGAAACACACAAGAUUCAUGUGGGCUUAGAUAAGUCACUGAAUCUGGAACUGGGGACUUAUUUGGAUUUUCAGGACUUUGCCAGUUCAGUAAUACACAAUACUAGAGAAGAUAUAACUUUAGACAACAAGAAAGGCUAUACAUCUAUCAAAUCAUUGACUGUCAAGGAAGUCGAGGAUGAAAUAAGAUGCAAGUCCACUAAAACAACUGAAAACUCAGAUGAAUUUCUGAGGAAGUCCCCAACUAUGGUCUCUGAAGAACCCCAAAGCAUAAUCAGACAAACACAACCUAUAGACAGAGGAUCCUGUUUAAUUGCAGGUGAGAAGCACCUCACCACUGUGGAUACUGGUGUAGUAGAACAAACUUCACAUGAAAAGAACAAACCAGUUAAGACGAUCAAAAGAAAUGACAGUAAAGGCAAAACAUCUAUUCAGACAAAUCAGUCAUUCAAUAUUCUGGCACACAGAAAACAAAGUAUUGUUAAAACCACAAGGAAUAGGAUAAAUUCACCAAUUCACUCAAAGGUGCAACUCAGAGAAAGUAAACCCACCAGCCUAGAUAUUGCAGGAGUGUCUAUUGCAAGAGCACCAUGUAAAAAAACUGCACAUGAAGCCCCAACAGCAAGGGGGGUCUCUGAAACUUUUCAACACAUGAAGUUGAGUGAUGACAAGAAAGUAAGCAGUAACAGCCAAAACCAACUUCACAGAGAUCUAAGAAGUGCAAGAGCAUCCAAAAAGCCAGCAACAGGACCAGGACAGCGAACAAGGUCUGCUGUGGAUUAUGUCACUUACAACGACAUGUUUCUGAAGAUCAGCCAGGGAGAUGAAGGUCCAGCAAUCUACGAAAUGUUUGCGACUCCGGUUUAUGAAAAUCUUAGAGUAGACAGUUCUGCAGAGAGAACCAGACAGGUCCAUACAGCACUUCAAGUUAAAAGACAAACCAAUGGAAAACUGAGGGGCCAAAAAACACUGGAGGUUAACCGAAGGAAACAAGCUCAAUCAGAAAGAUCUAGCCGAGCUAAAUGCAGGCAACUCAAACGGAGGGAUAAUGUUACCAAGGGGAUAAAGAAAAACCCACCCUCUUCGGAGAAUAAAUGCCAUGUCCUUGUAACUUCUGCUUGUGGAGCUGUCCAGCAGAAUAAUUCUGAAAUGCACAUCGAGGGAGAUGGAAGGGAAUUAUCAAGCGCAGAGAGACAACGUACUUCCAUACUAUCAGUGAUUGAGGAAGUACUUUCCAACACUGCAUCCAAAACAAGUCUUAUAAAGGAAAUAAUACAUCAAGAACAAACUCCAAUUGAUGCAGGUGCCAAAAGUGUACCUGAAAUAUCACACGAAACCAAAUUGCCAUCGCAACCUCUUAUCAAUACCUGGACAAGUAACGGAACAGUAUCACCUGUGUACCACAGCUUUCUAGAUGAGGUUGGCGAUGGACCUCUCACAGAUGACCUGCUGAGGUCUUUGGCAGAGGAGUUGAUCUCACUCGAGAGAAGAGAUGUUGAAACACUCAAGACUGAAAAGGAGGAUAGCACAGAGUUCAAACAUAACGUGCCUUCAAGAUUUAGAAUUUUUUUAAACGAGGGUUCAUCCUCAGGUGAACUGCAUUACACUAAUGGAUCUUGCUCAGAUGAUGCCAUCACAUGGACAAAAGGAGAGGUUCUGGGUAAAGGAGCUUAUGGAACAGUGUAUUGUGGGCUAACCAGUCAAGGUCAGCUGAUUGCAGUAAAACAAGUGGCACUGGAUGCUUCAACUUCAGAGAUGGCAGAAAAAGAGUAUGAACGCCUUGAGAGAGAAGUGGAUCUUCUUAAGACCCUUCAUCACACUAACAUUGUUGGUUUCUUGGGCACAGCUCUCUGUGAGAAUACUGUAAACAUCUUCAUGGAGUAUGUUCCAGGUGGCUCUAUCUCAAAUAUCUUGAGCCGGUUUGGACCCUUGCCAGAGAAGGUCUUUGUUCUAUACACUAGACAAAUUCUGGAAGGUGUUGCCUAUCUUCAUGCUAACAGGGUCAUCCAUAGAGAUCUGAAGGGGAACAACAUAAUGCUUAUGCCCAACGGAGUGGUCAAGCUAAUCGACUUUGGUUGCGCUCGUCGUCUUAGCUGUCUUCAGACUUCAACUGGAAGUAAGAGUGACCUUCUGAAGUCUGUGCAUGGUACCCCGUACUGGAUGGCACCAGAGGUGAUAAGUGAGACAGGUCAUGGACGAAAAUCAGACAUCUGGAGCAUUGGCUGCACUGUGUAUGAAAUGGCCACAGGAAAGCCACCCCUUGCUCACAUGAACAAGAUGGCAGCCCUCUUUUACAUUGGGGCUCAAAAGGGCUUAAUGCCAUCUCUGACUGAUGACUUCUCUACACAUGCAAAGGACUUUGUCAAGGCUUGCCUAACCAGAGAUCCAAAGCAACGACCUUCAGCAGAGGAACUGUUAAGGCAUCCAUUCCUCUCUCAUCACAGCCAAGCCUGCAAUAGGCCAAUGAACUGAAAACUUAAUUCACCAAAUCAAAAAGUGACUUUUAAAAACAAUGAUACAAAGCAAACUGACAUUGUGAGGCAACAUAAUUUAACAUGGAGAAAAAUGUAAUUUAUAAAAUAACACAGUGAAGAUCUAGAAAUAGUUAUUUGACAAAUGUGCCAAUAAGUUCUUAACACAAUAAAUGAUCACAUAAAGACUGAGGUUAAGGUAGUGAAAACCAUGGAAUUUAUUAUUAAAUCUAAAUAAAAAUUGGGAAAAGACAAAAAAAAAAAAAAA